UAUAAUACAUUGCUUGUGGUAUUUCCACUGGAGUGAUGGGGAAGAAGCAAGACUACACAGAUACGGGAGCCACUUAGAUACUGUUCUGUUUUUAGGCAUCACUACACCAAGGAAUCAUGGGUUUUCUCCGCCCAAAGUGACAUCUGAAAAUUGUCCAUUGUCAUCUGAUGGCGAGAUGGAUCCUCAUGCUGAUACGGUAGAGGAUGAUGGAGAUGGAGAGGAGAACAGCAUGGACGUUAUCAGUCACCUCCCAGAGCAGGAGGACAACGGAGCAACUCAUGUCAAUGUGGAUACUGGGCGUCAGGUGGAACAGGACACCAUUGUUGGUGGGAUGGACAACAGCAACAGGGAUGUGUCUGAGGGAGACGGCAGUGCAAGCAAGGGUGUGGCUGGGGAAGGGGGAGACAUCAAUGUGGAGGAGCAGCUGGUUAUGAUCGAGGAGAUGGUUCACGAGAUGAAGCAAGGUUUUGUGAUCGCCAUGGAGGAGUUGACCAAGAUCCAGGAAGGAGACAAUCACCUUCAGCGCCGUAUGCAGGAUCACAGAGACAGCGUCGACAGAGUCAUCUCAUCAUUUAGGGAGCAGCAAAGUAAGCACAAGUCGGACCUGAUAGCAGACAUCCGUCGAGAGAUUCGGGAGGACCGAGAACGUCAUCAGCAGAACUUCACCGAUAUGAUCAGCACACUAAAGAAUGAUAUAAACACAGUAUCUGGUCACCUACGGGAAGUCCUAGAUCUUCAGAAAGGGCUGCAGCAUAAGGUCAGUGCCUUGCAGACAGAGCGAGAUGUCCUCCUCACGGAGCUUGUCAAGAACGGUGCUGUGUCUGAGAGAGUCAGACACCAGCUUGUUCAGCGUGAGGAUUCCUUGACCAGACUCCAGAAGUCAGACAGGGUUGGCAGAGACGGUUGUGAUGCAGUAGGAGCUGUUGAGGACGAUGUGACUGCCUCAGCUUGUAAGUGUCUCAGUCUGCUGCAGGCUCUAGAGGAGCGAUGCAUCCUGCCCGACUUGUCCGACUCCAGUGAUGAUGAUGAUGUCCGCGCUGCAACACAGCAGUGGAAGAAGAAUUCAGGUGAAAAGUCCAGUCAUCAGACAUCUGCUCCUGAGACUUUUGCAGACUAUCAGACUAGAGACACAGCAGAGAGACAGCAGUCAGUGCAGGACAUCAUCGACUCUGAACGUGAAUACUGUGGUCAGCUGUGGUCACUGUUGGAUGGCUACCUGACCCCGCUGCAGGAGGGCCUGUAUGUCAGCACGCGAGAACUGAACCUGCUGUUGCCACCGUCGCUGCAGCAGCUGUAUGAUGAGCACUGCCACAUCCUGCACAUCCUGGAGGACCGACUGCAGCACUGGAGCUGGGGCGGCAUGGUCGGUGACGUCUUCGCCAAGAUGACCGAUACCCAGACUGGCAACCUGAUGUCGCUAUACAAGGAGUACCUGUCUGACUUCCCUGCUGCCAUCAACUGUCUUCGCAGACAGGUCACACAGUCCAGAAAAUUCAGGGACUUUAUUAAGAGAGAAGACCGUCCCAACUCUGGAGAUAUCGUCUCUCUGCUGACAGCUCCCAUACGGAGGAUACCCCAGUACUCUCUGCUCCUGCAGCAACUCUUGAAGAACACUGUGGUGUCACACCCGGACCAGUACACCCUGCAGUCAACUCUGACCAGGCUCCGCAACUUUGUUGACCAGUUCAGUGAUGAGAUCACCCACACCGUCAGUCAUGACAAGGACACAAUCAGAAGUUAUACCCCUGACUGGGUGGAGAUGACCAGCAAUUAUCGUGAAGGUCGUGGACCGCAACAGCGGCUGUCAGCACAGAGUCAGCCAGACCUAACCUUCGGACGCCAUUCAACUGGUCAACUGCCAAAGGGAUAUCAAGAGGAUGGGUCAGUUGCAACGCGACCGCCAGUAUCAGACAAGAUGAGUCACCACAAGCGAUACAAGCUCAAGAAAAAGGGGGAUCGUCAGGGGGGCUAUUAUCAGACUGGAAGUCAGACUAACCUGCCCCCUGACUAUGCCACCACCUACAGCCUCCCACAUCACAGACAUCGUCCCGCAUCAGCCAUUGACUUCAUUUCGCGCCAUGAAUCAUCCCAACUUCGUCAUAGCCAUGAACACCUUCACAAUCGACCCCAGUCAGCCAUGGGCUUACCAGGUGUUCCUAGCAACCGAAGUCGACCCAGUCAUCAUCAGAUCAUCAGUCGGCGACAUCAGGACAGUGCGAUGAACAGAUCCAUGCCUGGUACUAUUAACACUUCUCAUUCGUCAUCGAUGAUUCAUUCCACACAUCUCAAUAACUCCUUCCCAGCCCAGAGGUCUUUCUCCCCCUUCCCACAUGACUCCCCUCGAAUCUUGGUGAAUGGGCACAGAAGGGAAAGUUACCCAGACAGCUGCCAUGGAAUUCCGGGUAGUAGUUAUGGUGUAUAUGGUGAUGAGGAUCAUGGUAUUACUAGUGCUCACAGCUUGAAAUACACUGACCCUAACCGGGCAUUACAUCGACAGUAG